AUGACUAUAUUUGUAGGAGCAGUCCAAAGCCUUCCCAAAAACCGUGCGGUCAUCGAUAUGCUUCGAGAACUUAAGGAAACAGAGAGCACUGAAAACCCGGCAAUCUACGAAGACCCCGAUGUACCAUGUUUUGAGAACAAGAAUCACGAAGCCGCAUGUUUUUGUAUCACUUGUAAAGAAGAUUUUUGUCAGAACUGUUUUGAUUCCACUCACUCCUCCAAAAUCUUUUCAACACACCAAUCCAUACCUCUUUCGGAAAAACCCUGUGAAAUACCAAAAUGUUCGAUUCAUGAGGAAAAGGAGAUACGGUACUUCUGUACGGAUGACGAAUGUGCAUUGUCUACUAAGGAGUUCUGCGAUGAAUGCUUGCUUGCCGAGCACAAAUCUCAUUGGUAUGAAAACAUUGAGACUCGAAUCAAGAAGAAUGAAGAAGUACUACAAGACGCUAUCAAAAAUUUGAAAGAGAGGGAAAUCAAGAUGUUGCAGAGUAGUGAUGCAAUCAUAAAAUGUCUGAGUACCUUUGAUGAGAAGAAAGAAGGAAUUUCACAAAAAAGGAAAGCAAUCGAAUCUCAUUUUGAUAAUAUGAAACGAGAAGCUGUUGAAAAAUUCGAUAACUGGUUGACUGGAAGAAAGAAAAAUCUGGAAUUUAAGAAAGAAAGCAUGCAGAAUAAUUUGAAAGUUCUGACGGCAACAAGGCGAGAAAUCGAGAAGACGUUAUUAAAGAAAGGAAGUGUGUUGAAUGUUAAAGAGUUAAUAGAAAAGUCAAAGGUCUCUGUGGAUAGUGAGAUUAAAGCCAGUACUCUACCAUAUAAUGAUUACAUAGUACCAGAUGGCAUGUCUCAAGAGCCAUAUCCGAAAAACUCUUCAAAUGUAUAA